AUGACCGUCUGGAUGCUAGAGCUAGAGUGGUUCAAGAGCGAGGAUGCCUCGACCUCCUCCUGGGUAAGCAAGGUGGGCAACUUCGAGGGCACGGGUACGGGGAGCGGCUUGAAGAUCGAGAUAGCAGAAGGGCACGGGGCACAAAAGAAGGUGAAAUUCCUGAAGGGCGACACCGGCGACCACUUCGACUUCGGUGCGAUCCUCCCCAGAGGCAAGUACAGCAUUUGCUCCGUCAGCCGUUAUACUGGUGGCCAGAACGGGAACACGGGUGUGACCUACUACGGGGAAUGGAACACCGCCUCCACACGGCAUCAAGGAGAGGAAGACUGGGUGGUGCUUUGCGGCACCAGCAACAAGCAGGUGUACGACGGCAGGGAUCCUUCAACGAACAUUGCCAGGAAAAGCGGAAAGGAGUUCGAGAACGACGAGCACUUGUACGUCAACCGGGGCCACGGCGAGUGGUCGGCAUUCGGAGUGAUGGAAGUCAUCACCUGGAACAGGGAGCUGACUGAGCAGGAGAUUCAGUCGACCAUCAAGUACUUGAAGUCGAAGUUGGAGAAUGGCAGCCAGUAG